CGAGCUCAAACAUGACUCAUUUCGUCAGCAAAAGUCUUGUCUUUGUCAUUACAUUUUUCAUUGGAAUCGUUGGGUGCAAGUCAGCCAGUAAUUCCUCGCAGCUAAUCUUGGAUGAAAUUCUCAAGGACUACGACUAUCGCGUCCGACCAAACUCUACUAAUGCGCCCGUCGUUGUAACGGUUGAGCUUGGUGUUGAACGCAUCGGUGAUAUCAGCGAAAGCGCGAUGGAGUUUUCAGCUACGGUCUUCGUGAUUGAGAAGUGGACGGACGAACGACUUCAAUUCAAGGACAAAGAUCCCAUUCGUCUGUCCGGCGACGACAUCUACAGGAUCUGGAUCCCUGACUUGUUCUUUCCGUUCGAGGCCGAGGCCAAACUCCACGAAGUCACCAUUCCCAACCAGAGGGUAGUUCUGUACCACGACGGCCAGGUCAAACUCAUAUUACGAGCAACUUUGAAGCUUGCGUGUCCCAUGGAUCUCACGCGAAUUCCGAUGGACGAACAAAGCUGUGACAUAACGAUGCUGAGCUAUCAGUAUGCCUCGACUGACUUGGUCUUGCAGAUUGCUGAGGAGGAUUUUCAGCUGCCGGGGGAACCCGAGCUAUCAAGGUUCCGAGUUAUCGGCAAAGAAACCAAGAUGUAUGAUAUCCAAUACGGAUUAGAGGUACACAGUUGCGCCAAGGCAAUCAUCAACCUCCAGCGUCGCUUAGAGACUUACGCCCUCACCGUUUACAUGCCCAGCAUCCUGCUGGUCAGCAUCGCCUGGAUGUCCUUCUGGAUUGACCCCAAGGCAGUUCCGGCCAGGGUCACUCUGGGGGUCACCCUCAACUUGUCCCUCAACACCAUGUCCAGCGGUACGGCCGAGGUCAUGCCGGUCGGAGGAGGGGUCAAAGCUCUGGACGUGUGGCUAAUCGUCUGUCAAGCUUUUGUCUUCAUGGCAUUAGUCGAAUACACAGUCGCCAAUUCCUCCAUGACGAAUGAGUAUUACAAACAACUGAAGUACAGGAAGGCACAGAGGAAACAGCAGAGCAUGAAGAAAAGCCCUGACGGGGAGUUGCCGGCAGAGGAGAAGUUACAAGAGUACAACUCUAAGACUGAGGAUCCCGUGGAGCUUGCGUAUGUCUGGGACAAGGCCUUCAGAUACGCCUUCAUCAUCUGCUUCUUGAUCUUCAACGGGAUAUACUGGUUCGCUUAUCUCUACAUGUAGAAGGUCACUCAAACAAACCACCGAAAAGUACCAAGUUUUAAGAUAUGGUGGCACAAUAGGAGGACCCAAAUUAAGCAUGCACUCCACUACAAUAGCCAUGGUGACAACCAUAUCUCAAAAAGGCCAAUUAGUGGGGCAGAUCGGGGUAUUAUUUGGGGGAAUUGUGCCUUUGAUG